AUGAAGAGUACCUUUCGUUCCGUCCCGUCGUCGGGGCAGGCACCGACGGACACAUUAACAGAUACCUUUGAUACAUUCUUGCUACGCAUCAAGAACGGUCUAUUUGGUGUGCUCUUUAUUGUGAAUAAGGAGGAACAUGGGAGUCAUUGGAUUUGGGCGGCAUUGGAGAGUUUGAUUGACCAUUUCCAGGAUCUGUCGCUGUUGUUUGGGUUUGCGCCUUUUGCUUGGCAAGAGGAGGUGGAUUGGUUGAAUCUGAUGUUUGAGAUUUUUUCGCCAGAAAAGUUUGUUCAAAACAGCGAACCUCUCUAUAUUUUCCUCAUUAGCAUUUUGGGUUUGGUGCUUUUGAAUACCUUAUGGGUCGGCUACUCCUUUUCCAAAAACCGGUUCAGGUUCAUCUGGACUCUAAAGUUUCUGCGAUUCACCCUCGGGCUGUUUGCGACCGUGCUGUACAUUCCCAUAUUGGAACGAUUUGUGCACAGUAUUGUUCGAUGCGAGGAAAGUAGUCUUGUUGAGCAUGGAAAUGAAGAGGAACCUCUCGAAGGAUGGGGAAUAUGUUGGCAGGGAAAGUACCUGUUUAGAAGCAUUGCAACAACAAUUAUUUCCCUCAUCUUUAUUGCCCUCGUACUAGCUGUGGGUGCGACCUACUUUGACUUUGACCCCAAACUAAAAGACAUUGAAUCCCGGCCGCAUUCGAGAAUUGAAACGCUUUAUAUAGCUUGUCGGACAGUUCUCAUCAUUUUGUCGGUGGUCCUCGCAACCUAUGGAGAGCCGCAUUCGGCGGUGAAUAAAGGAAUAUUUGCAGCAGUAUCCGUCGUGGCGAGCGGGAUACUCGCAUUUUCUUACACUUGGUACAUCCCGUACUACUCUUUCAAAUUCUCAGUCUUUCGAGCAGCACUCCAGUUCAACUUUUUCUGGUGCUCCCUUUGCAGUGUAUUUAUUCUGUUCCGGCCUUACAGCGACAUUGGUAUCAUCUAUGUUCUCCUCUCCCCAAUCGCCCUUCUCCUUGGUUCCCUCCUCAUCCGCGUCCGACGACGUGCCAUUGAAAAGAUGAAUCCAGAAAAAGUGGAUGCCCUCACGUUUGAGUUGAUGGUGCGAUUUCGGUUGGAAAAGGCCGGAUUGUUGUACAAGGAUCCUCCCAAGACAAACAUUACCAUGCUGACUGCAAGUCCGGGUGACCUUUCCACGGAAUCCGCCCAACGUUCCAACGCUGCCCAAGCAGAAGAGAAAGAAACUUUGGAUGCCAUCACCAACCUCUUUACCAUUGCCCUCCGUGCUAAUCCCCAUUCAAGUUUGCUGCAUAUCUUUGCGGGGCAAUUUUACCUCCUCCGGUUGGGAAACAGGGCCCAGUGCAUGGCUUCGUUGACUAAAGCGGAAAACAUGGAUCCCAAGGUGGAUGAGGCGUCCAUGAUAUUCAGAAGGCAAAGGCUGUUGAAUGAGAGGUUCAGCGGUGGGGAUGUGAUUGAUUUCAUUGCAUACGAGCAGAACUUGAGCUUUGCCAAAAAAUAUGAAAGAAGAGCAGAAGCUGCCGUCGUCCAAUUCUGGGCCGAACUUCUCCGCCGCAAUCCCUCUUUCCGCCGCCUCCACCAUCACGGUGCCUCACUCACCAACGCUAUAUCAAGCACCCAACAACACUAUAACCAAGUCCUCAAACUCUCCCCCAAUUCCCCGCAUGUGUACCGCAUGUACGCCGGUUUCCUCAUCAACGUCCUCAACGACCAUAAACAGGGACAGGAGCUCAUUGAGCGCGCUGACGAAUUGGAAGGCGAUGCGAGGAGGAGUCAUGAAGUUUUGGACGAAGAAAUGGGGGAAGAAGAGGGCGGGGUGUCAACGGGAUUGGAUGCUGGGGGAUGGGCAGACAAUGCUUUGGUGACCAUCAGUGGAGAGCUGGAUAAUCUGGGCUGCAUCAUGAACGUCAAUGCACAGUGGCUUAAACUCUUUGGAUACAGAAAACACGAAAUUAUGCAGCAAAACAUUGAUAAGAUCGUUCCUUCCCCAUUCAAAGAAGUGCACGAUGACCUGCUGAAGCGGUACUUGGAUACCGGGUAUGCCAAGGUCAUUGACCGGCCCCGACAAGUUCUUGGCAUAAACGCAGCCGGAUAUCUCUUUUCCGUAACGCUAUUGGUAAAGCAAAUCACCUCCAGCGAAGGCAAAAUCUCUUUUCUGGGCAUCAUGUCAAAAGCGCGGACCAGACCUGGAGACGAAUUCAUGAUCCUUGAUUCUUCUUUUGGCAUUUUGCAUGCUACGGAGCCCUUGUCUGACAUCCUUGGCCAUGUUGAUCAAGGGACACCUGUCGGUUCCUGGAUUCCAAACUUGAACUUUGAGAAUGUGAUUAAAGCCGGGCGGAGUGGGUCGCAGGUUGACUUUGAGACGCGGCGGACCAUCUAUUCACUGACGGUUACGGGGGAUAAGGUGGUCGUCGGCGAUCUCGAAUGCUACAUUUGCAGAGUCAAAGUCGCGGAUAGCGUUCCCGUCCAAGAGGUGGCGGGUUUACCGGCCGACCAUCCUCCCGUAUCAGGCCCUGACGGUCGAAUAGGUGUCUGUCCAAUGGGAUACGGACGACAAGUAGAAGAAGACCGUCCCGACGAAUCUGGCCCCAACGACGAGGAAGCUGUGCCAAACGCCAGCCGAGUCAGCCAUUCUUCCCUCAAUUCCUCCACCCACUCAGCAAUGCCAAUGAGUUUCUCCCCCCACGAAUCAACAACUAACCUCCCAGCUUCUAACAAUGCAUCCGCGAAGCACCUAGCUACCGAAUUUCUGCAACUCAAGCGCCGUACCCCUGUCAAUUCGAAUGAUCACGAAGAUGACGAUGACGAUGAACAUAGGAGCACCACAUCCAGCAUCACCCGCUCGGGGACGUCAUCCUACAUCAAAAAUGUCAUUGCCCUCAAAAAUAUACAGACAAAUCGACAGUUGGGCUACCUCCGCAUGGCAUUUAUCAUUUGCCUGUUUGUUCUGGGUGUGCUGUCCGUUACCGAAAACGUUCGGUACAAACAGCUCUACACAGGGGUGCUGAACAAACUCGACAAGGUUCGCCGAAGAACAGACACUUGUUUACGCAUGGUUGACAUUGUCGAACAAGUCCGCACGAUGCAAAUCGGCGAAGGCGUCGGAGGUUUCGACAGUGGAUUGGCAAACGUUACGGAAGCACGACAAAAAUUGGAAACGGAUGUCACGGUCCUAUUAAGCACUGUCUCGGACUUUGCCAACCUCGUUCCAGGUACCGUCCCCUACGCUGAAAUCCAAUUCUAUACAGCCUCCCCGAGUACACCCUUUCAAUAUACCCAAGUCGAAACAGUCACAUUGUACGAUGCUCUCCAAGAAGCCAUUGCUAGCACUCGGUAUAUCCUGGACACGACGGGCGAUGCACAAGGAAUACGGGCCGCGAUGGAAAAGAUUUACAUUAACGGUCCGCUGACGAUUCUGCGGGGAUUGAAUACGUCGGCUGGGGACGUGUGUAUAGAGUUUCAGAAUGAGAUCAUAAGCACCAAGUGGUCUCAGUUGGGACGUUCGGCUGUUGGGCCAGGGUUGUGCUUUUUGGUGUUUUUGAUGUUGAUUUGGCCUCUCUAUGUCAAGAUCCAGUCGAAUCGGCAGCGGUUCUUCCAGAUGUUUCUAGAUAUCCCAAAAGAAGUCGUCAAAGGAAUUUAUUCGUCCCACUUGCAACGACUGGCCGAAAAUGAGGACGACGAGGAUGAUAUGGACGUGACUGACGCCGGCAACCGAUUUGCCCUUGACAAGCUCCUUCAAGACGAGGAAAAAGGGCUGAUUUCAACGUCCAGCCCCGAAGGCAUCGACAAUUACCAUUCCCCGUCCCGCAACAAUCGCAGAAGAUCUGUACUGUAUGCUUCAAUCCUAGGACGCUUCGAAGACCCGCACAAAAUGCUCCCAAAAGCCGGUCUCCUCUUCCUGAUCUGCCUCGCGUACUUUUUCAGCGCCGGAGGCCUGACCCUUUCCUGGCUCACUGAUCAUAACCAUAUCGCAAACGAUGUUUACUGGUCCAUGCAGAUACCAGUGUUGAGCCGUCAAGCGGAUUUUCGAUUACGUGAGCAGGUCCUCCAAACCUACGGAUACAGCGACGACGGGUCACCAGCCAUGUUGGCACGAGUGGGCGGUAAUGCGCCGGAGAGUGCAGCAAGCUUGUUGACAGCAUUGGCAAGAGUGCAGAGAGGUCUGAUGUAUGGAGAUCCAGACAUGUAUACUUCAUCAGUGAUUCAGGCCAAAGACGUCAAAGGGUUGUCGGAAUUGAUGCUGCAGGAUGCUUGCACGGAGGGGGUUCCUGCGGACUGCGAAUCGUUUAUGAAUGGUGCGUUAGGCACUGGGUUGCAUGCUGGCCUCAAUCGGUACACGCAGCUGGGUCGAGAGAUUGUAUCCCUUUUACCGAGCACGGCUGCGGCUUCAACUCCAUCACCUACCAUUCCCACCAACAUUACUGGCCGGAUGACAAGCUUUCGCUUGCUAGACCAGCAUUACCUACCCCCUCCUCUGACGCUCACAUCAACGAUCCGCAUCCAAACCGUGGAACUUCAUGCCAAUUGGUUCAACACAUUCCACCUGGUUUUUACCAUCUUGUUUUGCACAGUCCUCGGCCUUUUGUACGUUCUGCUGUUCCAUCCCCUGGUCGGUGCUUUAUCAGAGGACAAUCGUCGGACGCAUGUCAUGCUGUAUAUGAUUCCCCCAGAAAUUCUAAGCAAGGUUGAGAGCAUUAGGCGAUGGGCUGAGGUACCAGGGAAAAAAAGAAAUGAUGAGAGGUCCCAUGCUUACACAGAACGCAAAGCUAGCAUGGCAGCGCAAGGACGCAGGAAUGAAACUUCCAAAGUAGCAAGAACCGUAGAAAUCGUAUAG